UCCAACACUUAUCUACACAAUCAGGGCAAACCCUAACGGUACAAAUACAUUCGCCUCAUCCAUAUCCAAUCCGGCCUUGAGCUGACAGACAUUCUCUAUAUGUUGAAGUUUUCAGUUCGAAUUUGAAAGAUGGUGAUUUUGUCGGUGAAACCCCUGUUUAUGAUUCUAGUCGUCCCGCUUGCUCUCUUCCUCGCUGUCGUUUUGCUUUCGCCUCCUUCUCCAUACUUCCAGAGCUCGGUUCCUUCGAAUUCAUCACUAAAACCGAGCAUAUGGACUGUCCGGAGAAUCAUUGGAUGGAGACCUUGCAAGUGGUGGCAACUAGGAGAUCUAACUGUGGCUGAACUUAAGAGUAAUGGGUAUAUCCGAGUGGAUUGCUAUGGUGGCCUCAAUCAGAUGCGAAGAGAUUUGUGUGAUGGUGUUGGUAUUGCACGGCUGUUAAAUGCAACCCUGGUUUUGCCAAAGUUUGAAGUGGCUGCAUAUUGGAAUGAGUCGAGUGGCUUUGCAGAUGUAUUUGAUGUCGAAUACUUUAUCCACCAGAUGAAUGGCUUUAUUAAGGUUGUGAAAGAGUUGCCAUCAGAGUUUGCAUCAAAGGAGCCUUUCCAAGUAGACUGUAGCAAACGCAAAGGCCAAUUUGAUUAUGUUGAAAGUGUUCUUCCAUCUUUGUUGGAACAUCGUUAUAUUUCAAUUACACCAGCAAUGAGCCAAAGAAGAGACAGGUAUCCUCAAAAUGCUAAAGCUGCCCUUUGUCAAGCUUGUUACAAUGCAUUACGCCUCACAAGAUCCUUGGAAAAGAAAGCCUCUGAGCUUCUAGAAGCUAUACCCAAACCUUUUCUCUCUCUUCACCUUCGCUUUGAACCGGACAUGGUAGCUUACAGCCAAUGCCAAUACUCAGGUCUUUCUUCAGCCUCCAUCAAAACCAUUGAGGCAGCACAAGGAGAUAGAAAACCGUGGACUGGAGAGUUGGCCCGCAUUUGGAGAAAACGGGGGAAGUGUCCUCUUACGCCUAAUGAGACGGCCUUCAUACUUCAAGCACUUUCCAUCCCGACAAGCACAAAUAUAUAUCUGGCAGCUGGGGAUGGGCUUAUGGAAAUUGAAGGUUUAACAUCUGUUUACACCAAUGUAGUCACUAAGUCUAGCCUCCUUACUGGUGAGGAUUUCACAAGCAUGCAUGGGAACACGAAAGCUGCAUUGGAUUAUCACGUGUCUAUUAAUAGUGAUUCUUACGUGGCUACAUAUUUUGGAAAUAUGGACAAGAUGGUUGCUGCAAUGCGAGCUUUCAAGGGGCUGUACAAAACUCUUUUCUUAAGCAGAAGAGCUUUUGCAGAUUUCACGUCGCAGGGCUUGAGAGGGAGAGAUUUGAUGCAAGCUCUGCAGAAAGCUCAUAGAGAUGAUUUUGUCAUAGGAAGAGGGUCUGCUUUGCCCUACUGUUUUUGCGAGGCCAACAGCAGCUAUCCUAUAAAUUGUAUCUAGACGACCAAUAUUCCCGCAGGCAGCCUGGAGUAAUUCAUUUCUUUCAAUGCAGAAAAU